AUGCCGCCCAAGAAGAAGGCGCGAAGCAGCGUCUCAGCUGUCGCGACGCCGACGCCAGCUCGCGACGACGAUGCCAUGGAUGUUGACACCCCGACGGCCGACACCCCAACAGCUGCUGCGCCGAUUGUCAAGCCCUCCGCAGACGAAUGGCCAAAUAAUCAUUGGACUGACGACCAGUUGUCAUCACUUUUCAAGGGCGUCAUCAGAUGGAAGCCGGCGGGCAUGCACAAACAUUUCAGAAUGAUUGCUAUCAGCGAGCACCUUCGGAAUCACGGUAUCGGUCCGGAAGACUGUCCACACACGCGCAUCCCCCAUAUCUGGCAGAAACUUCGCACCUUGUACGAUCUUCCGACUAUUGAUCAGCGCGAGGAUUACUUCGAUGCCCAAGAUGACGAAAACUACGAUAAACGGUUCAAAGAAUUUACUCUACCCCCUGGCGACUUCUACGAUAUGCAAUUGGAGCGCCUCCUGGCAGACCCAAGCGAAGCCCCUACAUCUCCCGGAGCGUUGGAGCUUACGCCACCGCCGCCAUCCCCUGGCGGUAGCAAUGCUGGGGCCAGCAGGAGGAGAAAGCGCGCUUCCACUGUCACCAAGACUCGCGCCAGCACCGUUGAGGACACGGAGGAUGGCGGUACGGACGUCGCAUCGCCACCGCCAAAGUCUGCCAGGGUAGCCAGAAGCCAGAAGCGGGCUGCUGGCAAGGCCAAGGCGGCAGAGAAAGCGGAAAAGGCUGAGAAGUCUGAGAAGGCAGAAAAAGUCGAAAAAGCUGAAAAGGUGGAGAAAGCUGGCAAGAACUCAAAGGCUCAGUCUACUAAAUCUUCCUCUUCCUCCUCCUCCGAAGACGACGAGGAGAACGAGGAGAACGACGAGGAAGACGAGGAGGAGCAAGAGGAUGAAGAUAAUGAGGAGGGAGAAGAGGAAGAAGAGGACGAGGAAGAAGGCAGCGACAGCGGAAGUGGCUCCGACGAGGAAGAAGAUGAGGAAGAGAGCGCUGAAGAGAGCGGUGCACCAGUGUCAAGGACCCGAGGAGCUGCUCGUGGUCGUGGAAGAGGCAGGGGACGGGGCAGAGGAAGGUCACGGGGGCGGUGA